AUGCCUUUCGACAAAUCAAAGGUUUCACUCCCUCGUGAAGAUGUCGAAUCCACUCCGUUAACAUCGGGCGAGGAGCAAGACCACGAUGAGCAGCCGCCUUCACCAACUUCAGGCAACGCUUUUGUGCGCUAUCUGCACGAGGUAGCGGAGCGGGACCCCCGCUUUUACCAGGAGACGCCAUCCGCGACGAAGAGGGUUCUUCUGCUCGCAUUUGUGGCUCUACUGUUCUGGCUGGCUUUUUCCAUGCGCCGGUCCAUGAUGAUGGCAGCCUUCGGGGCAGAGGCAGAAGCGGGCAAGUCCGAUCGCUACUCCGACGAGUACAUGUUCAGACCCGCAGCUAGCCCAAUCAUCGCGGAGACUAUGAAAGAUGGCAGUGUUCACUUCAAGGGGGCCUUACCUACCGCUCUCUAA